UAUUGGAGCUUAGUCACAAAUGACGCACCAUUCUGUCUGAAGAGUUUAUUUAACUAUGCGUUUAUUUAACUAUUCCAAAAUAGAACUAUAUUAUCAACAUUGCUUUGGAACAACAGGGAGUCAGUCAUAUUUUAAGCAGUAGACCCGUCUGCCUUUGUGUGAAUGAAGAAGAUACUCUUUAUUCUGCUCAAAUGAUCAGGUCACACUGUGUUUUGCUACAGGGCAAGACAGGCUAGAGCAAAAGUGGGGGUGUUAAAUACAGAGGCUUGGAGCUGUCCCAAUUAAGACUUGGCAGUGUAUUAUCUGGCCGAGUUUAGGGGAGCAUGAGGGGCCCAGAUAGUGCUCUCAUUCAGAGGAUUGAGCUGUAUUUGCAUAUCGAUGAGGACGCGUGCGAAGAGAGGAGAAAGAGGCGAUGUGUGCGCCGCACAGCUGUGGACGUCCAGAAUCAAAGACAGAUUAUUAUCCCCUGCUGGCCCUUUGGGCCUCCUUUCCACAUCUGUCCAGAGAUCACAUGAUGAGAUUAUUUUUGCCCUCUGCUGCCCCAGUCUCUGAUGGACCCCCACCACACAGCAGGGACCAAAGCAACAAGGCCUCCGUCUCUUUGGUCUUCUUGUUUUUCUCUCAGUCUUCAGGCAUUCCUUCGCUGUGAAGUGACCACUGUGGGGGGCUCCUCCGUCUGACUUGAGCUGCCGCACAAUGGUUCAUCUCUUCAGCCUUAUCCAUUAACCGGCCCAUCAAAAUGCUCAUACCGUCCUCUAUGUAUUGACAUGGUUGAAGACUGGGCAUUUUUUGGGGGUAUGCCGUGCACCACCAGGCCCUGUUGCCAUGGCACCGCGCCCGACUCCACAUUGCAAAGGCACGCCAUUAUUCUCCCGCUGUCGAAAUGCACCGCGUCUUCUGACUCAAGCCUUUGUGGAGCGCACAAGUGGCUCUCAGAGGAGAAUGCCAUUGCGCAGAAAGCCUGGGGUCAAGAGGUCACACCAAAGCUGUCCCAUUGGGUUUGGUUUUUUGUAAUCAAAUUUGUUGCGGGCACGAAAAGAGCCACAGUAAAAUAUCUAGAAAAAAAGAAAACGUAGAACAGGGACAGUGUGGUUCUUCAGUGGAUUAGGGUCUUUCCUUCAGCCUGUUCUUCAAUCCUCCACAUACACGCUGCUGGAUAACCUUCUGCUCUCACAGCAGCUGUCAACAGACCCACGUCUACAGCCAAACUACUCCCUCUGCACUCCUCUCCUCUACACUGCUCUCCUCCUGCACUGCUGAACACGCUCGAGGAGAACCAACACUGUUAUGAAGAUGGAGUCAUCUCCAACAGUGCUUCCCACCCUGCCGUCCAAUCAGUCUGUGGAGGGUUGCGUUCCUGUGGACAACACAGUGGAGAACUUGCUGUUUGGCCUCUACUACAUCAUAAUCUUCCUCCUGGCACUCAAUGGUAACAGCCUCGCCCUGUGGAUCUUCUCCCGCCAAAGAGGAACCUCCUCCCCGGCCAAUGUCUUCUUGAUGCAUCUUGCUGUGGCUGACCUGUCUUACGUUAUCAUUUUACCUCUCCGAGCUACCUACCACCUGACAGGGGGUCACUGGCCAUUCGGGGAGGUCCCUUGCCGUGUGGCUGGCUUCCUCUUCUAUGUUAACAUGUAUGCUAGCCUGUACUUCCUGGCCUGUGUAGCAGGUGAUCGAUACCUUGCUGUGGUGCACGCUGUCAGCUCGCUAAAAGUCCGGCAAGCUCGCUUCGCCCAUAUAGCUAGCUUUGCUCUAUGGGCUCUGGUGAUCGUGUCUAUGGCUCCUCUCCUGGUGACCCAGCAGACGGCAGAUGUGGACGGAUCUACGGUGUGCUUGCAGCUGUACAGGGAGAAAGCUUCUCGUCGAGCACUAGUCUCCCUCGCUGUUGCCUUCACACCUCCAUUCUUAGCCACACUUUGCUGCUACUUGCUAAUUGUGAACAGUCUGAGGAAGGGCUCCCGACUGGAGCCCGCGCUGAAGCUCCGGGCUUUGCGCACCAUUGGGCUGGUCAUGAUCAUCUAUGUGGUUUGCUUCCUGCCCUACCAUGUGAGCCGUGCCACCUUCAUCUUAGGUUACGGACAUCCAGACCUGUCCUGCCAAACACAGCGAGGACUAGCACUGGCUAACCGCCUCACAUCCUCGCUUACCUGCCUGAACGGAGCACUGGAUCCACUAGUCUACCUGUUUGGAGCCGAGAAGUUCCGAGGCACUGUGCAAAGACUUCUCUGCAGGGAUAAAUCAGGGGGAUCAGCAGCUACCAGUGGAGAACUUAAGGGGACACAUGAGAGCUCCCUCAGUGCUAAGUCAGAGUUCUGAGAAGAGGGGUUUUAGGGAGAAUGUCAACCAUCAUAAUGACUCCAAACUACCUUAUAGAUGUAGGCCUCAUGUUUGAUAUUGUUUAGGCCCUCACAUUAUGAAUCUGAGCACUUAAUUGAGGUGUGUUCACAUAUUCUAUAUUGGAAAUCACAAAGGGAAAUGAUGCAAACACCAAAGACUUCAGCUGGUCAAUUUAAGGUUAGGUCAGGGUGAGCUUGGACCUCAGAAAAUGAAAAGAUAAAUCCACUGAACAAAAACAUGCAUGUGCAUUACAACUCAGACAAUUUUACACAGGUCAACUUCUUAUAGGGCUGGCCCAAAUAAUGUGAAAACUCAAGGAUGUUCAUUGUGUUUGCAUUAGCUUUUUUCUAGAACAGAAUUCUAGAACACCCUUCGUGGGUUUCUGACGACUUUUUCAGAGUUAAAUGCUUAUUUAUCAGUUUUAAACGAGACAUUUGAUUAAAAAAAUCAGGUGAAAAUGGCAAUACUUAACAAUGGACGUGAAAGGCUAUAAAAAUUUAAAUGGCGUUAUAAUAAUUUUGCCACUAAUCCUUGU